UUGAAUCUUUGGGAGGAGGAGAAGAAGCGUGGGGGUCUGGGGGCCUUUUUUGUUCGGCUGGAGAGUCCUGUCUGAGCGGCCAGCAGGAGCACAACACACCGCAUAGGGACUGCAUCUUCACCAACACUCUGCCACUGCGUUCUCCGCUGAACUGAUAACCGCCCACAGGAUCUAUUUGAACACCACCACCAGGCUCGGAAACGUACUGUUACUGGCCCUUUUGGAUCCUGGGUCAACCUCCAGGUUUUAUCCGCCGUUAGCCAGAGUUUUUGCUGCGGGUUCUGGGGGUGUGUUGGACAGCGGGCGGGCGUUCAGCUGCACGCUGCCUGGAGGGGGCUGGAAGUCCGAUCCGCUGCCAGCCUGAAGCGGCCGGCGCGGUGGCCGCAGAACUUGGACUAGUCGGCCUGUAUCCUCGCAGCUAAGUGGAUGGGAUGGAGCCAGGACCGUCUGGCGCUGUGCCCCCCGUGGGGGCCUUCCCCCCUCCCCUGCAGCAGGUGUUCCAGGCGCCGCGGAGACCAGGUAUGGGGACGGUGGGGAAGCCCAUCAAGCUGCUGGCCAACUACUUUGAGGUGGAGAUCCCCAAGAUGGACGUCUUCCACUACGAGGUCGACAUCAAGCCGGACAAGUGCCCCCGCAGGGUCAACAGAGAGGUGGUUGAGUACAUGGUCCAACACUUCAAGCCACAGCUGUUUGGUGACAGGAAGCCGGUGUACGACGGGAAGAAGAACAUCUAUACCGUGCUUGCACUCCCUAUAGGGAGCGAGAAGGUGGACUUUGAGGUGACCAUCCCAGGCGAGGGAAAGGACCGGAUCUUCAAGGUGUCGAUCCGCUGGCUAGCCAAGGUGUCCUGGCGUCUUCUGCAGGAGGCGCUGGUCAGCGGGCGAAUGCAGGUUCCCCUCGACUCAGUCCAGGCUCUGGACGUGGCCAUGCGCCACCUGGCCUCUAUGAGGUACACCCCGGUGGGCCGUUCGUUCUUCUCCCCCCCAGAGGGGUACUACCACCCCCUGGGGGGGGGCAGGGAGGUGUGGUUCGGCUUCCAUCAGUCUGUCCGCCCCGCCAUGUGGAAGAUGAUGCUCAACAUCGACGUGUCUGCCACCGCCUUCUACAAAGCCCAGCCGGUUAUUGAGUUCAUGUGCGAGGUCCUGGACAUCCGUAACAUCGACGAGCAGCCCAAGACCCUGACCGACUCUCAGAGAGUCCGCUUCACCAAGGAGAUUAAAGGUGGGCUCCUGAGCAGUGGUCUGAAGGUAGAGGUGACCCACUGUGGGCAGAUGAAGCGGAAGUACCGUGUGUGUAACGUCACACGCCGCCCGGCCAGCCACCAGACGUUUCCCCUGCAGCUAGAGAGCGGUCAGACAGUGGAGUGCACGGUGGCGCAGUACUUCAAACAGAAGUACAACCUGCAGCUGAAGUACCCCCACCUGCCCUGUCUGCAGGUGGGCCAGGAGCAGAAACACACCUACCUGCCCCUGGAGGUGUGUAACAUUGUAGCAGGCCAGCGCUGCAUCAAGAAGCUGACUGAUAACCAGACCUCGACGAUGAUCAAGGCCACGGCUCGCUCUGCCCCCGACAGACAGGAAGAGAUCAGCCGGCUGAUGAAGAACGCCAACUUCAACCUGGACCCGUACAUCCAGGAGUUUGGGAUCAAGGUGAAGGACGAGAUGGCCGAGGUGACGGGCCGGGUGCUGCCUGCACCCAUCCUGCAGUAUGGAGGCCGGAACCGGGCCAUCGCCACACCCAACCAGGGGGUGUGGGACAUGCGGGGGAAGCAGUUCUACAACGGCAUCGAGAUCAAGGUGUGGGCGAUCGCCUGCUUCGCCCCGCAGAAACAGUGCCGAGAGGAGGUGCUCAAGAACUUCACGGACCAGCUGCGUAAGAUCUCCAAGGACGCUGGGAUGCCCAUCCAGGGCCAGCCGUGCUUCUGUAAAUACGCCCAGGGGGCCGACAGCGUGGAGCCCAUGUUCAGACACCUGAAGAACACCUACGCCGGCCUGCAGCUCAUCAUUGUCAUCCUGCCCGGGAAGACCCCCGUCUACGCGGAGGUGAAGCGUGUGGGAGACACCCUCCUGGGCAUGGCCACGCAGUGUGUCCAGGUGAAGAACGUGGUGAAGACGUCCCCACAGACGCUGUCCAACCUCUGCCUCAAGAUCAACGUCAAGCUGGGAGGAAUCAACAACAUCCUGGUCCCUCACCAACGCUCGGCUGUGUUCCAGCAGCCUGUUAUCUUCCUGGGAGCCGACGUCACCCACCCCCCUGCUGGGGACGGCAAGAAGCCCUCCAUCACUGCUGUGGUAGGCAGUAUGGACGCCCACCCAAGCAGGUACUGCGCCACGGUGCGCGUCCAGAGGCCCAGGCAGGAGAUCAUCGAGGACCUGUCCUUCAUGGUGCGAGAGCUCCUGAUCCAGUUCUACAAGUCCACCCGCUUCAAGCCCACCAGGAUCAUCUUCUACCGGGACGGGGUUCCAGAAGGACAGCUGCCCCAGAUCUUACACUACGAGCUGCUGGCGAUCCGGGACGCCUGCAUCAAGCUGGAGAAGGACUACCAGCCCGGCAUCACCUACAUCGUGGUCCAGAAACGCCAUCACACCCGCCUCUUCUGCGCAGACAAGUCUGAACGAAUUGGAAAGAGCGGGAACAUUCCAGCAGGAACCACCGUGGACACCAGCAUCACACACCCCUUCGAGUUCGACUUCUACCUGUGCAGCCACGCUGGAAUUCAGGGCACCAGUCGGCCCUCCCAUUACUACGUCCUCUGGGACGACAACCGCUUCACGGCGGACGAGCUGCAGAUCCUCACCUACCAGCUGUGCCACACGUACGUCCGCUGCACGCGCUCCGUGUCCAUCCCCGCGCCGGCCUACUACGCACGUCUGGUCGCCUUCCGCGCCCGCUACCACCUGGUGGACAAGGAGCACGACAGUGGAGAGGGCAGCCAUGUCUCUGGUCAGAGCAACGGCCGGGACCCUCAGGCGCUGGCCAAGGCGGUCCAGAUCCACCACGACACCCUGAGGACCAUGUACUUCGCCUGAGCACCCACCCUGACCUAGCCCGGGUAUGCCCACGCUGCCUUGCGCGCGAUUUCCUUGCGCGCUGCUAGGCAGCGUGGAUUCCAUGGAUCCGAUUUUCGCCUGAGAUAGGGAACCAAUCACAGAACGGGGAGGGACGGCAAGACGACGACGACGUCUAUGCGACACACCGAAGCUUGUAGUUUACGGAUCCAAAAUGGCAGCAGACGCGUUACCUCUCGAUGCAGCCUUAGAUAGUGUUCUAAGUAGUUUAGAACGAACGUUUAUUUUGAAAAAAUUGCAACUUUCGGCGUUUAACUCUUUCAUUACCAAGAAGGAUGUCUCUGCCCUGCUACCAACAGGCUUUGAUUGGCUAUGAGCUACGUACAGACUCAUAUGAUAGACAUUCGUAGCGCCCAAUAAACGGUACCGGGCAAUCGUAAACCACGCCUCAAAUACGGGAAAAUGAAUGUGUGGUUCCCAGACCUCAUCUCAAUGUAGAUUGAGAUGAGGUCUGGCUUUAGCCAGGCUAACCCUGACCCUGGCCCAUGCCAAACCCCGCUUUAUCACUCCCAUAGUGUGCAUACAGCCCCCAGUAUGCCCCUCCCCCAAGACCACCACCGCCGCCACCACAAUGGCCUCCAUCACCAUGCUUAGCCCGGUUAGCCUUGGCUAGCUACAUCGCGGUUAGCAACGGUGUGGCUAGCUACACCAGGGUUAGCGGUGCCAUCAUAUGUAAACCAGAACAAACUACAGAAUCGAAGAACGCUUGUGAAUAUCAUUGUUUUUAUUGUUAUUUUUUAAUGUUACUCCCUGGCACUAUUGCUUUUUUAUUUGAUCUAAUUUCAGACUUUGGGUUUUAUUGACGUUACAGUAUUGUAUGCUUACUCCUCUGCACGUAAGGAUGCAAUGCGGACGGGAUGGUCAGAAUCGAGAUCUGAACCUCUACCUGUUUUGACAGUUUCCAUGGCGAUACCUGAGGCUAGCUAGCUACUGCGGCUAGCUAAUGCAGCGCCCAGGAGCCCACCACACACAUACCUACCUAUCACCUGAAUCAAUCGCCACCUUUUCUCAUGUUUUUUUGUAAUAUUAUUAUUAUUAUCAUUAUUAUUGUUUUAAAUGCCUUGAAAAGUCUGUCAUGGUACAUUAGCACUUCGUACUAGCAUGUAGAAGCCACUAGCCCUGCACAACAGCGUUUGUUAGCAAAUGGGGUGCUAGCCCACUGCUCUAUAUAUGAGAAUAUGUGGUGCUAGCGUGAAGCGCUAUAUAUGAGCAUAUGUGGUGCUAGCCCGCAAUACUAUGUAUGAACCUAUACAAUGCAAGCCUACCACUCUAGGUAUUGCCAAAAUGAAGUGAUAGCCUGCUACACUAUAUAUCAGCAUAUGUUGUGCUAGCAAGCUGCCCUAUGUAUUAACCUAUGUGGUGCUAGCGUGCAGUGCUACAUAUAAAGAAAAGAAGGAGAAGCUGUAGCAUAUCAUAUAGCAUAUCAUAGCAUCGAGGCUACAUGCUGUCGCGUGGCAGUUGGCCUAGUCCCUUAGAGAUUUAGCCCAUAGAGGAAGUUAGCGUUUAAAUAGAGGGACCAUUUAGCAUCAAGUGUAUGAGAUGUUCUCGCACCUAAACCAGCAUUCUCAACCAGCCAGACGAUGCCACCUAACAGACUCCUAGCCAGGAGCAGAACCUGGGCGGCCCUUAGGGAUAACGUGGCACUUUUUACUCAUCUGAUCGUUUUACUGGGGGACCAGUAGUUUCUGUAUGACGGAGGGGUAAUCCAGAUCUGAUCUAGUCUGUUCAAAAAACCUCACUGCCCUCAUACUUCCAUGUCCGAACCCUGGAGGAACCAAGCUAACGGGCUAGCUAUGGCAACUCUGUUAAUAUUAUAUCUGUUAGAGGCUCAGCGACCACUAAGUGCUGCACAGCGGAGCGCUAUGUUAGCCAGACACCUUGCUGGCGCUUCUCUGCACAUUGUCAUGUGCCACACAAUAUCCAAGAACACACACACGCGCGCACACACACACACACACACAAACAGUAGGCCUAUACGCUUACACCGCACCAAACAGACCUUACCAGGAGAUACUUGGCGGCAAACACAAACCUGGUUAAUGCAAGCCCACUUACGUCAGAUUUGCGAACACAAACCUUAGCGAGGACAAACUUAAGCUAACACAAGUCUGUUCUCGUCUUCCCCUCCUCUCCUCGCGUGCUCACCCCCCCCCCGAAACACCGAACUUUCUCUCAUCUUCCUGAUCCUGCCUCUCUGCCGAGUCUCCCCCCCCCUCCCCCCUCCCUCCCGUCCUCCCGUCCUCCCUCCCCAGGCCUGUGCUAGACCAGCCCCAUUGGUGCGCUGUGUGCAUGCAAGCAACACAGAUAGGGGUCGGCUACAAGGGUCUGGGCCCCUCCUGAAGACCCCCCCCCCCUGCAUGAGAGACACUCUCCAAGUAUCCUAAGCUGGUAUCCUGAGCCUCCUCCUGAGUCGGCUCACAGCUGCCCGUCGUUCUGCCUCAGCGUGUCGCCGCGGUGACGGCGUCCCUUUUGUUUACGUCCUGUUUUUAUGAAUAUGAUUGUUAUCGUCGAUUAGUAUUAUGAUCGUGUGUAGGUUGAGAGUCUAUCUGCCCCCCCCCCCCCCCCCCCCCCCGUCUCGGCUCCUGUCUGGCCGACGGUUUGAUUCCCGCUGGGCUCGAGGGGACCACGGCAGCAGUGACGUUUGGACGUUUUUAAAAAAGAAAAAAAGAAAUCAUGUUUAUGAACUUGCGUAGUUGAAAUGCCUUUAUACUCCCUUUUACUGUUCCGGUAUUGUGUCUGAGGUGAUUUGUACAUAUUAAUAGAUAUGAACCUGAUAUGUAUUUGGGCUCAGCGUUGCCCCACCUCGCCCUACCCCUCUUCCUACUACUACAACCCAAACCAGAUGCGGUUGUCCACGUAUUGAAGCCACAAAGCACCUUGUAUACCGGGGUUCUCUACCCCCCCUCGACCCCUGACCCCUGGAUAGCAAUACGACGCCACAGAUCUCAUCGCAGCACUUCCCCAGACACCAACACACAGCAGCCUACCUGGCCACUCUGUGUCUGUAAUAAUAAUAUUAUGAGGCUAUAUCUGUUGGGAAUGGUUAUUUUUCAAAGAAAAUAAAAUGUGAUUUUUAUAUGAA